GUCGACUUCUCGAGCGGGGGCUAGAUCAUUCUAGGUGUGGCUGCUGGAUGAUGUGACGCAAGAAGUGCAGCAGCAGCUAUUCCCUUGAUCGGACUCGAAUUCGAACCGAAGCUAUCAUGACGAUUGCACGCUUCUAGAUUUCCUGCCUCGAUCUGAAGCUGCGUCCGCACGACUUUUCACGUCCAGUCCUGAGCUUUUGACUGUCUCUUUCUUGCGAUGCUAUAAGUAUAAAAAAUCUUGUUCUUGCUGUUACUAGUUAACACAGUCUUAAUUCAUAAUAUGCCGUUUACAUCGUGCUCGAGUGCAAGAGCAAGUCGUGAGCGUGACAGAGAAGUCGACGAAGCAAAGAUGAAUUGCAGAGCGCUGGUGAGUAGAGUAGAUGUUAAUACUGUCGGCGCCGGCAACAUUUUGAUUUUGUGUGUCGGUCUGUAUACAUUGGUGUCUGUUGUUCUUGAAGAUAAACAUCCUGCUCGAGACAGCGGAUAAAUAUUAGAGAAUAUUAAGAAUUGUUACGUCGCUAGGUGAGCGCGACACGAAACGAGUACGAGCGAAGCAGAGACAUUGACACACACGAUACUCAGCAAUUACUUCGUUACUACUAGUACACGCAUCUGCAACAGACAUACCAUCGGACCGCAGUGCGUCCGUAGUACUCGCAGUUUCGAAAUUAUCCACCACAAGGUUGUAUCCAUUGCAAAUAUCCUCGUGUCGACCGGGUCUGGAAAUAAUUUAUGACGCUGACUGGUGAUCGCCGAGCACACUCUUCAUUCUUGCGUGGACCCAAGGAGCAUGACACAUUUUCAGGACGCUUUCUCAUUCUCAUGAUCGCGCAUGAUAUCGACAGAUUGCGUCUGCGCAGGGCACAACAGCUGUCCCGGUUUUGUUGGUCAUACAUCAAAUUAUUUGCAUGCAAUAAAAACACGAGUCAAUACGUUUUUGUUUGCAAGAAUUAUCAUGCGAGACAAACUAACAGUACAUGCACGGGUCGUCGCACUUUUCGUCCAGACCCUGGCAAGAAAAAGAAUAUAUUUGCAGUUGAUAAAUAAAAGAACGAAGACGAAGAGAGACAUCAAAGUCAAGGGGCAGCAGGAGCACCAGGAGUCGCCCACAAGAGCCAGUGUGUUUGGCACCUGUUGCAGAAGCAGAAGAAGCGAAAGUGUAAGUGAGCACUUGCAUCCGGAAAGACAGCUGCGUCUCGUGUUCGCGUUCUGUUGCUGCACUUUCAGAGCUUCGGGCCGCCUCGAUCUUCUUUACGACCUUCGUCGCGGAAAACAGUGCACAACUGUGGUCCGUUGUCUGCUGCUGGUGCUGCAACUACGAACGGCAAUUACUAUUUCAAGCAGAAGCACGCCGGCACUUCUGCACCAGCAUCUUCAAUAA